AUGCGCAACACAUUCCAUUUUCGUCCGGAUUUGGGGCUCAGCGGAGAGGAGCUGAUAACCAUGCCGCAUCCUUUGCUGCAGUUCCUGAGCAUUGCCAAUCUGGCACAGCCGGCGGAGGUGCAGGCUGCUGUUGCCCAGGGCCUGGAUUUGAUUUUCCAGCCUCAGAGCGCCUUCAUAACAGCUAAGUUCAAGGAUCUCUUCUAUGCUGGCAUCGAUGUCAAUUGCGGCUCAGAUCACGCCGCUGCUCAGGCCAUUUGCCAGCAGUUCCAAGCAGGCGCCGUGCCCGGCGCUGUGGCCCUGAAUGCCACACACUAUAAGUUCUCCCUGAUGGGCGCGGCAAGUGCAAGUUAAAGUGCCAAAAGUUUUCCUAUCAACAGCAUUCUCUUUCCUCUGCAGGGCAAUCACACAAAUGCCGGACGCUUUAAGGUGCAGCGCACCUCCGGCUCUAAUCAACUGACAGUGGGCCAAGUGCUCGCCUACAACGAGGCCGAGCAGUUGCAGGUGUGGCAGGAGACAAACGGCAGCAGGUGCAAUCGCUUGCGCGGCACAGAUGGCACCAUCUUUGCACCGCUCAUGCAACCACAGCACGGUCUGUGGAGCUACUCGGCGCAGCUGUGUCGCUCCCUGACACCCAAGGCAAUGGGCAAAACCAAUUACAACCAGCUGCCAGCUCAACGAUACGAGCUAAGCUUUGGUUCACCAAGCGUAAGUGAGAUCACUCCAAGAACGGAACCGGAUUUGCACUGCUUCUGCACGGAUUUUCCCAGCGAUUGUCCAGCCGAUGGCACUAUGGACCUAAUGCGCUGCAGUGGCACGCCUUUGAUGGCAUCCUUGCCGCACUUUUAUCAGGCGGAGCCAAAGCAAGUCGAGCAAGUGGAAGGACUUUCGCCCACAGCUGCUAAGCAUGCCAGCACAAUGAUCUUCGAGCAGCUAUCUGGCACAGUGCUCUCUGUAUAUAAUCGCCUGCAGUUCAGCUUGAAAGUUAAGCCAGUCAAGGACGUGCCCACCAUGGCGCAGCUGCGUCCCUUGGCCAUGCCACUCUUCUGGAUCGAGGAGUCUCUGCAGCUGGAUGAAAAGAUAACGCAGCUGCUGCACAAAAAGAUAUUUGCCGUGCUGAAUGCCAACAAUUGGUUUAGAUGGCUCUGCAUUGGCCUUGGUAGCUUGGGCUGCAUAUUGGGCGGCUUGUUCCUUCAUCUAAGUCGCAGCGAUGCCAAACGCGUGGGCUGCAGCGUUGAGGAAUAGUUGGAGAUAUAUAUAACAUCUAUAUCCUUAUU